CACAGAGGAGCUGGCUGGGGACACUGACCAGAGCCGGAGCUGUAGUCGCCUGGCAGAGAGUGGCCCAGCCUGGCAUUAGAAACUGAGGCAGGGGUGUGGCCUUGAAGACUGACAGUCAGGGCUAGGCCUACCUGAACCAGGGUGCUGUCCUCCAGCUGGGUUCACUAUGGUUGCUGCUGUCGGGGUGGGAGUCUGACCUGAGGACUUAGGGCUGAUGCUGGGGUCCUCAGUCCUGCUGUCUGACUAUCUCCGUGAACCCACCAAGCCUAUUGCCUACGAGAGCAUGAGUGAGAAGGAAAUGGAGGAGGAUGAGGGAGGCAGCACUUCAGACACGGCCCCCAUGCUGCCGGAAAGGUUUCCUGACGGCCCGACCUCAGCCCUGAUGUCUCCAGGGUGGGUAGGCCUGACGGUCCGAGGCCUUGGGACCCUGCUGCUGCCUGGCCAGGCCCUGGUUGGACUCCUGCUGCACCUGCUGCUGCCUGCGACCGUGUUCCUCCUGGCCCUGCUGCCAGCAGCUGCCAUUGUGUACGUGGGAUUCCUGUGCCACUCGAGGGUGCACCCGGCGCCGCGUCCCGCGUGCCGCGCGCUGCUCUCGGACAGAGGCUCCGCGGCGCUCAUCGUUCUCGGCUUCCUCUCGCUGCCUCCGCUGCUCGUGCUUGCCUCGGCCGCUCGCAGCCGCCUGGCCCGGCGCCUCCGCCUGCUGCUACCGCCCCCAACUUGGACCCCUGCACCCCGCCGCCACCCAGGGUCCAGCGACCGUGGGCAGGCGGGACGCCACCCCGACGGGGAGGAGCAGUUCUGUGCCUGGGUGUGAUCUCCCCCUACUAAGAGGCCUCUCCAAAGGACACGACCUCCAGAUCCCGGGAGUCGCCCCAACUCCUCCCCGCGUGACCCUCGUAAGGGGUCCCCCGGCCGGCGAGCUCGGGGUCUACGUCCCGCUUCAGUCCUCGGAAAUCGCGGGUGCACCUCGGGGCUUCGUGCGCAGUGCUUCAAGUGGCCGCGAGAUGGCACCUGACUCCCCCGAUCCCUGGCCCGCCCGUCCCCAAGUUGUCCCCAUCCCCGCAGUCCUCUCAGACUCAGAGAGGCUGGGAUGCCCUCAGGGAGGAGGGAGAUCCCUCCCAGAGAAGGGGCGCUUGACCAGGUUCAGAGAAAGGUGGCCAUUUGUCACUGUGGCUGCCCUGGGCUCCUGCUCCCUCCCAAAGGGCAGCCCUUAGGGCCCCAUGUCUGGUCUGUGGUCAGCCGUCCUCCAGAGGGUUCUAGAAAUGGUGAGACGUGCCUGGGAGACUUACACAAUGGCCUGAGGAGGAGGUUCCAGAAGCUUAGCAAUGGCCAGCAACCCCAGGGCCUGCAGGGCUCAGCCUGAGACGGCGUGAGGGUUAGCAUUUAGAAGGGUGGCAGAGUUAAGAACGGGGUCUGUUCUCACUGUGUAAUAUUAAGGUCUUUGUCUUUUACAAUCUUUGGCAUUUAGCAUGUUUCUAGUGGUGGAUAUGUUCUUACUUGUCCAUUUGGUAUACCCUGUGUUUCCUGUUCCUACAGAUUUGUAUCUUUCAUCAGUUCUGAAGAAUUCUCAAACUCUUUCUAGGCCUCCAAGUCUGCCUCCUGGUUAAUGGUACCUAGUCUUUCUGGGGACAUCUACGGAAUGAAGGCUUCCCCUUUUCCCUUCUCCUUCCAUGUCAAUUCGCCUCUGCUUUGUAUUUCCACCUCCCUGUCUGUCUCUGUGUUCUGGGCAAUUUCUUCAUCUUCUUCUGGCUCACUAAUUCACUGGUUGUGUACUGUCUGCCAGUCAACUCAUCCAUUCAAUUUUAAGUUAUAUUAUUAUA